GUCUUUCCACCUGUAAACAACUAUCGGAGGUACAUCAUACACCAGCUGGUGCAGGAUCGUUUCGACGAGCUGCACACGUUCUCCAUUGGCCAGGGAUCGGCCAGACGUACCGUCGUGUGCUACAAAAGUGACGUGAUAAGGUAUCGGACACGGUUCCACGCUUUAUUACGGCGACGCGGGUCCAGGAACGAAAUUGGAUUUCAAACGAAACAGCCCAGCCGAUACAACCUGUCUUCUGCUUUCCAUAGUGUCCAAACUUCUUUUAUAACAAACUAAUUUACCACGCGUAAUUCCUAAUCUUAUUUCCGAAUUUAAAAAUACUCUUUGUUGGUUUUCCGACGAGGUCUCCGUAUUCCAUUUUCUCUUCUGUGAAGGUGUAACGCUAAGUGAUAAAGCGAAGUUUAUGGAUCCCAAAUUGAAUGGUGUGCAGUGUAAACCGAACGCGAAAGUCAUUGAUACGCUGUUGGAGAUGGGCGUUGAAGGAAGGCGGUCGCCCUCCGCUUCGCCAGAACGUGUACGAGUUCAAAGACAAGUAAAGUCGGUUCCUGCGGUCGAGAUUUACAGGCCACCAGCUGCUAGAAGAGCCAGGAAUGAACUCCACAUGAGUACAGACCAAGCUCAAGUACAGUCGAGUACGGAUUCGUCUUCUACCGCAAAGUCUACGCGCCAGAAGAGGCCUGAUCGCGCAGUCUACGUUCCAAGGCAUCGUAGAAGUUUGGAAACCGAAGGAAGCCCUCAGCCUGUGGAGUCCUCUCGCACGAGUCGUACGGUUAAGGAGAGUUCGACUUCGUCCUCUGCUUCUCACGGGCAACCGAAGACGAAUUUAAACCUUAAAGAACCAGACUCUGGUCUGCAGACGAGUGUGGAUAGCGCGAAAAAGAAAUCCAAUACAUGCAUUGAUAAAUGUCAGGAUAACUUGGACAGUCUUCACGAAGAUACUCUUCAUACAGAUUCGAAGGACGUGCCUGUUAUGGAAACAUGUAACGAAGAGAAAUCUGAACAGUUGAACAGCAUCAACGAGGAUGUGCCAAACGAAUCUGACUGUUACACUGGCUCCGGUAUAGAGUACGAAAGAACCGAUGCAUUUCAAUCGCAGACUGUUAAAGAGGAAGAAAUGUCUAAUGAUUCUAGUGAAAAUAAGAAUAGUUUAGUUUCGGUCGAAACGUAUGUACAUAACGAAAUUAAUAUUAACGAAGAAGUAGAAAGGUCUGAUAAUUAUAAAGAUAAUGUUGUUAUAAUAUCAACGUCAAAUAAUAACAAGAUAAACGAGGAACUCUCGAAUAACGAUGAAAUAACGAAUAAAAAGAACACAGAAAUGAUACACAGCAAUAUGGUAUCCGACGUAUUAAUUAUAUCGGAUGUUGUAAAAAAGGAACCACAGUCCGUUGUUAAGGAAGUCGUUCCUGUUUCUGUAACACCGCCAGAGAAGAAAGUAAAAAAGAUCGAAAGGCAAAAGAGCAAACCAGCCCCUCCGCCUUCUCCUCCUGUUAAAAAAAUAAAUAGGGACGAAUGCGACUGGGAUAGUUUAUUCGACGACAACGGCGACUGCUUAGAUCCAACCCUUAUAGAAGAGUUAUCUUCCGCAGUGGGUGACGUUGUAAUAGAGCAACCGAAAAGCGAUUACAAGUCGUACACCAAACACAUCGAAGUAUCCAGCGACGAGUUCGCUCAUGUUGUCGAGAUAUACAACUUCCCAUCGGAAUUUAAAACCAGCGACUUAGCAACCGUUUUCAGUUCGUUCAAGAAUGGCGGUUUCGAGCUAAAGUGGGUAGACGACACCCAUUGUCUUGGAGUCUUCAGUAGCCCUCUUGUUGCUGCCGAGGUAUUGGCGUCUGAUCAUCCGUUCGUGAAAACAAGGCCACUGAGCGAGGCCACAGCCUUGAGCAAAACGAAAGCAAGGAGAAGCGCGGAAUUUUUGCAGCCUUACAGAAGUCGUCCGGAAACUUGCGCGGCAUUGGCUAGACGAUUGGUCACGGGUGCUUUGGGCGUGAAAUUGGCCACCGCUAGACAAGAACGGGAACACGAGAAGAAUGUACUGCGCGAAGCUAAAGAGAAACGUCGAUUAGCCAAUAAACAACGAGAUGACGUUUGGGAGGGCAUAAUUCCUGAAAAGUAGCAUUAUCUGUUGGUAAUGUAGCGUCAUUACAUUGGGACUUACGUCAUAUGUAAAUGUUUCGCGACGUUUACAUGCAUUUUGUGCCUUACUCAUCUAUUUUUCAUCUUUGACAAAAACGCAUUUUGUCGAACUGAUUUGGCUAUUGGUUUUGGGAACACGGGGGAAUAACUUUGUCAAUAGAUGAGUGCGGCAUGACGGUUAUACCGUAACGGAUAUAUAUUUGCUUAGGACUGGUAAAUGAGUUUCCAACGUUUCUUUGUUUUCUACAUAUAUGCAUAUCACGAUUUGUCCAGACCAGUUGAAUGUGAGUGCCUGUUGCAUUAUUUUCUAAUGGAAGGAUAUCGAGUAUUUUAAGUGAUAUUGUAGAUAUAGGGCGAUUUAUAGCCCUGGCUUUAGAAAACUACAAACAGAAGUAGACAAACGUCUUUAUGAUACGGUUAUUCUUACCUCAAUGGUUGCCUCUGUUAUAAAUUUAUAAAUACGAUGACAAACAAUGCUGUGUUGUGCAAUGAUAAUACGAGACAAUAAGAUUAGAAUGUUAGAAAAUAAUGAUACUCUUUACAUACGAGCACGCGUGCACAUACAUCGAUUUAACUACAGUGAUAUAUAAUCAAAACGUGUCUUCACAGAGUUAUGAUUUCACAAGGGCGAUGUGGUAUUUUAUUAUUGUCUGUGCAACAUAAAAUAUUGUAGUUGUGAAUUGUACCGCGUAUACAUAUAUAUAUAUCUCUGUUAUAUAAAUGUUAAAAUCUGACGCACAAUCAUGAUGUCUACACGUAUUACAGAUUUACUAAAACAAACUCAGAAUUAAAGAUUGUAUUUUUAUAUACAAUUGUUACCAACAGAGGAAUAAAGAUAUGUAUCGCCAAAUCCUAGUCAAUGUACGCAAGAAUUAUGUUACCUAUAUUGUAUGUUAUAUUGCCGAAUUUUUGUCACAAAUCGACAAAUGAAUUUAACGAAAAGAAUAAAAAAAAAUAUUUUAUGUACCAU